AUGGCGUCGAAGCGUUUGUCAACACGAGUAGACUACGUGCAACUAGACAAUUUUAGUUCUGUUGUUUUAUACCAUAAUACUGCGCCACGAAGGAAAAAGGGCAAGAUUUACGAAGUAGAAAGGAUAAUCAGCAGAAAAAAACAGAAACGCGUAAGUAUUGUGGCGAAUUUGGUUGAAAUUUCAACUGCUAAUUUCUGUUUAGAAAACUAGUGUUGGGUUGACAAUAUGGCAUUUAUUAACUAUUGUGACUAACGUUUUCUUUUAUUAUUUUAUUAGGACUAUCUAUAUCUUAUUAAAUGGGCUGGGUGGCCUUUACACACAUGUACUUGGGAGCCUUCUGAUCAUUUGCCAGGCAAUUUAAUACGGUAAGGAAUAAAGGCUUUUAAGGCAACACUCUUUAUAAUACUGUAUUACUGUAUAAUACUAAAACAUUAUUCUGUUUCUUUACACUUCUCUCAUGCAUAAUAGCAAUUUAAAAUUAUGCUUAUAUUAUGUUUUCUAGUGGGUAUGAAAGACCACCAAAGCCUUCUGACAGUCGAUUAGAGAGCACUGCCAGAGCAUUUGCAUGUGGCAUUCUGUCAAUGUUAAAGUCAAGAUCAUUGGCAAAGGGCUACAUUGAGCUUGAGCAUGAUUGCUGGCGUUAUGUCACUUCGGGAAAGGGGAGACCAUCCGAGCAUAAAGGCCAUCAUUUAUUAGAGAGAAAUGAUUUUGUUCGUCUCUCAAUACUUCCUUCCGACUGGUGGUAUUACCUUAAUGAACACGGAGAAGGUAAAAAGGUGGACUUUCCCAUUGCAGUUAAAGCAGUUGUAGUUUGGUCACCAAAGAAACAUAUUUUUGAUGGGAAGAAGCUUGUGGAAGGACCAAGGUUUCCCAUUGAGAAAAUUUCUAUUUACUUUUCUCGGCUGCCAUGCAACGAGAGAAACCUUUUUGUGUAA